AACUGAAAUUUACUAAUAAUUAAAAGUAUAUAAAAAAUGCCAUCAAAUAAAACCCAAUUCGUUUCCCUUAAAACCCUAGCCUUUUCCUAUUAAGCUUCCAUAAACCCUAAUUUCACCUCCUUCCCACAUUCUCAACUCUCUGCCACCAUGACUACAGAAACAGUGAACCCAAAAGCAUACCCACUUGCUGAUUCGCAACUUACUACAACAAUAAUGGAUUUGGUUCAACAAGCUGCUAAUUAUAAGCAACUUAAGAAGGGUGCUAAUGAAGCUACAAAGACAUUAAACAGAGGAAUUGCGGAAUUUGUUGUAAUGGCGGCUGAUACAGAGCCACUUGAAAUCCUUCUUCACCUUCCACUCCUUGCUGAAGAUAAGAAUGUUCCAUAUGUUUUUGUUCCUUCAAAGCAAGCUCUUGGUCGAGCAUGCGGUGUUACCAGACCAGUGAUUGCUUGUUCUGUAACAAGCAACGAGGGAAGCCAGUUGAAAUCACAAAUACAGCAACUGAAGGAUGCUAUUGAGAAGCUUCUUAUUUAAAAUUAUGAGCCUUUUCAGCAUGAGGGGCCUCAUAGUUUCUGAAGUGGAUUCAAUGUUGAGGCUUUGACUGAAAGCAGUUUUUGUUCUAGUUUUCUUUUUUUGCCUUUCUCAUUUGUACUUUUGUCUGGUGACCAUGGCUUGUAUGAGUAAAGUUAAGACAACCCAUUAUGAUUGAGAAAUUAAAAUCAAGUUCACAGUCU